AUGGAGGACAAGACUGAGGAAGAGUUUGAGGCUCUCAUUCAGACGAUUGGGGGAAUCUCGAUUUCGAAAGAUACAAAGAAUCCCAUACCUACAACGUCAAGUUCCAGUUCCAAUCCGACCAAUACGCCAGAACCGCAUAGGACUCCUGUACCCUCAUCUCAAACACCUGCGAAAUCUAAUUUAACAUCACCUUCGCAGCCUCCGCAAGAUUCACAACCUCAGAAAGCGAAGACAACAUCCGCGAGGAAGAAGAAGAAGAACCACGAGCCAGAUUCAUCGCCCUUCAACCGUGGCACAAAUCAAUUCAAAGGCAAGUCGACAAAAGGCAGUUCGAGCAAGAUGGUCACGAAUCAUGGAAAGCCCAAAAUGGUACCUUCCUGGGAAUCGGGAGGUGUUCCAGAUCCAAGUCCAGAAUAUCUUACCAACGCGAGCACCAUCCCUCACCAGCUUCAAGUCCCCCAGCACCUUCUUGUGGUCAUCGAUCUAAAUGGCACAAUUCUCUUCCGACCAUCACGAUUAAACCCGAAGAGUUACAUCGCCAGACCUAAUGCCUUACGAUUCCUCCAAUACUGCAUUGAGACUUUCAGCGUGGUGAUAUGGUCAUCCGCCCGCCCAGACAACGUCAACUUUCUCGUGAACGUCAUUAUCCCACCAGCCUUAUGCAAGAAAAUAGUAGCGGUCUGGGCGCGCGACAAAUUCAACCUCACGCCUAGGGACUAUGUCACUCGGGUACAAUGCUACAAGCGACUUACUCGCGUCUGGCAAGAUCCAACAAUCGCACAAACACACCCCCAUUUCAAUAUGGGUGCAAGGUGGGAUCAAACAAAUACCGUUCUCAUAGAUGAUUCCAUGGAGAAGGCAAGAAGUGAACCAUACAAUCUGAUAGAAGUACCAGAGUUUUUGGGCGAGGAGCAUGAACACGCUGAGAUCUUGCCUCAGGUUCAUCAUCAUUUGAAUUAUCUCGCAAUGCAAUCUAACGUCAGUGCCUCCCUGAAGAUGUUUCCUUUCAGGGCUGUUAGUGCGCCUGGCAACCCGCAGGGCGUAGCGCCGCUUGAUAGUCAGCUUGGGAGCUCUGGACAAGAUUACAAUCAUAAUGGAGAUGAGAGGCCUGCUACCGGAUUGGGUCUUCAGGCAUAG